UACACAUUAUCAUCCAACCAGUUUUCCGUCUUACAGAUUGAUACUUUAUGUGUUCAUCUUAUCGUUAAAAAUUAAAAAAAAUUGUUUACAAUUAUUGUCAAUUAUUACAAAACAUCACACCAAUACACAAUACACAUUUUAAUAGCUGUUGAUGUGUAAAAAACUUCCAUACUUACGGCCGUCGACCACCGGACCUGUGUUUUUCCGUUUGACUUGACCACCGCCGGAAGUGUAUGUAAACACACAUUACCCAGACUGCUGACAUUGAGAGAAAUUAAAAGUGUCUCAACAAACGAUGGGAAUUAUUUAUAUUAUUUAUACAUUGACUGUUUUAAUUAAUGUAUACGAAGCAAUUGAAUUUACUUCGGUGGUAUCGAGUAAACUAAACAACGCAAUAUUCUUAUAUCCAGGACAGGCUAAAAGCGAACGAGAUUUGAACAUAUGUGAACAAUAUAGCGUGUGCAACAUUGUACACCACAGAUUUUGGUUUCCGCCUCAAAUCGAACGUUUAUGUAAAUGUCCAAAUCGUGAAGAAUGUCCAUGGAAAUGGACCACAGACGAUAAUCAUACGAUGCCACUAGAUAACCGCUCUCAACUCAAGUUUUGCGAGCCAGUAAAUGAAUUACCGGAUUGCACAAAGAAAGUCGGCGAGUCGAUUACAAUUGAACGAAGUAAAGAAGAUAACAAUGUUCAAAUUAAAGGGAAAGUACAAUGCAAUUGCCCCAAGCAUACAACCUGGGAAUUGAUAAGACACGAACAAAACGAUCACCAUAACACCACUACUGACAAAAGUUUUGUUAAAGACUUAUUUAAAUGUAUAAAGCUGAGCGAUUGUAAUAUGGGCGAUUUUUGCGGACAUAUAAGGACUGAUUACAUAUCAACAUAUACUAAAUGUACCUGUCCUUACGGUAGUUUAUGUUUACAUAAAGACAGAACCGAAGUACCAGCGUACGAAAUGUUUUUCUACGGACAAUCAUUCAGAGCCGAGUGCAUACCAUUUCCGACAAAUGCAAAAUUAAACGAAGUCUGAUUAAAAAAAAUUAAUAUUAAUAGGUUAUUUUUUCAACACUAUUAUUUUAUAAAAAUAAUUUUAUGAAUUUUUAAAGACUAACUAAAUUAGAAAAAGUUGCCAUACAACAUUUUGUUAUUUUUAUAAUAAUAUUAAAGUUCUUUUACACAACACAAAUGACUUACUUGUGACGAUUGUCUAGCCAACGCUUUGACCAACGGCACUAACUCAUCGUGAAAUCGAUCAGGCCAAAGUGUCCUAGUAACUAAGCCAUAAUAGUGGGCUUGACCUGCAGUCAGUCUCUGACUGCCCAUGAUCAUUUCGGCAACCAAAAGUCUACUCAAAAUAGUUGUAGCUGCACCCUCUGCGAUAUGACCAAGUUGUGCAUACGGCGCUUCAAAAGUUGCUUUAUCGCUAGCAAAUACUAAAUCGAAAUGGGCCAACAUUGUUGCGCCAAGUCCAACAGCAGCACCAUCCACCCCGGCGACAAGUAAUUUAGGGAAAUUACUUAAGCAAGUGAUAAACUUCCUAAAAAGUAAAUAAUAAUUUUCAUGUUAUUUAUAUAAUAUAUUGUUGUCAUAUCACCAAUAUUGUAUUUAAAAUUAAAAAUCCAAAUUGUGUAUGCUUUUAGAAAUUUAAAACUUUGUACUUGUAGACGUUACCGAGAAUAUCAGUUUCCAAAUAAAAAAAAUGUAUUUUUUCCUUA